CCGUUUGCGGGCCGGCAGGCGGGGAGGAGCUUUAGGACCCGGUAGGUGUGGGCCGGGUAGGAUUUUUCCUCGUGGAGUAGCAGCUGGACGCAUGCGCCCCCCCACUUCCACUAGUUGUCGAUCCCCAGCCCCAGGAGCAAAUGAGAUGAAUUGUCGUGUUAUACCUGCUUAAAGGCGCCGCUGGUUUGUGUGAAAAGCUCAACCUGCUCACGGGAUAGGUGAACAUAAACAUUUUUAUUAUUAGUAGAAAGUUUAAAAAGUGCCAAAUAGUUAAAGGAAGGGGGCAGAAUUAAACGAUGAAUGAGGAGAAGAGUCUUUGAAUUUAAAGCUGACAAUCUGAGAGCGGAUUAGAUCCCACUGCGAGGAAUCAGAGCGUGUGCUGUUGUGAAAGAUGCGGAAACAACAUCAGAAGCAACAACAAUCUGGAUUUUGAUACACUGUGAUAUUUACAUGCACUGGCCGGAGGAUGUCUUGGCUCAGGAGAAGAGUGAAAAUUCUCCAGAUUGGACGCAAACACACUAAAGUUUUCUUUCUGGGACAGUUUCAGGGCUGUGAAUCGGAUGAUUUUUGCACCGUUCCUCGGAUCUAACGGGUUUGGUUUGGACCUGAAUCACCAUGUCAAAAGUCAUUCAGAGGAAGAACCACUGGAUCACCAAAGUAAACGAGUGCGCGGUCAUCCGGGACGCGUACGGGGAGCUGAAUGUAGAGCUGCGCGGCGGAGCUGAGAAUGGAGAGUUUCCAUACAUCGGGCAAGUUAAAGAGGAUGCUGUGCUUUAUCAGGACGGCAAACUUAGCGAAGGAGAACUGCUCUUGGAAGUCGAGGGGCUGUCUGUGUCUGGAUUACCUCUGUAUGACAUUUUUACUGUGAUCAGUUGCUGCAAAGGUCCCGUAAGAUUGAAAACUGUGCGCCAAGGUCACAAGCUCAACAAGGAUCUGAAGCAUUACCUGAGCUUGAGGUUUCAGAAGUCUUCCCCUGACCACGAACUGCAGAAGACAAUCCGAGCCAACUUGUAUCGUCAUGCUGUGCCUUGUACAACCCGCCCCCCUAGAGACGGAGAGGUCCCAGGGGUGGAUUACAAUUUCCUGUCUGUGGAGGAGUUCCUAGAACUUGAGGAGAGUGGCACGCUACUGGAAAUAGGAACAUAUGAAGGUAACUAUUAUGGGACCCCCAAGCCGCCAAGGCAGCCCAUCAUUGGGACAGUGAUUCUCAGUGAUGCAGGCUCCCAUCAGUCCACCCCAACACGCACCAAGUCCUACAAUGACAUGCAAAACGCCCGCGUAGUGCCUGCUGACGACGACGAUGACGACCAGGCCACGGAAAUGAACAACAGUUUUACAGGUAACCCUAACGACCAGGAUGAGAGCCGCAGCGGCAUUCUCCGGCCGUACCCUGCACGUGACAAUGCUCUAUCCUGUGGUCUGAACAAUGCGGCCACCUCUACCGCAGAAAGCGGGCAGCAAACCCUUGCAGAACCACAGGUCUCUCCAGAAGACCCGCUGGGACCACUGCCUGAAAACUGGGAGAUGGCCUAUACUGAGAACGGGGAACUUUACUUCAUAGACACGGCAAAGGCACAACACCAGGACAUGGCUGUGUAUUUUCAGAGCUUCCACAAUACAAAGACCACAUCAUGGCUGGAUCCUCGGUGUAGAGACAGAGCCUCCAGACCGCUGGAAGAGUGUGACGAUGAUGAAGAAGGGAUACAUACAGAAGACCUGGAGAGUGAUCUAGAGCUGCCUCCAGGAUGGGAGAGGAUAGAUGACCCGGUGUAUGGGGUGUACUAUGUAGAUCAUAUAAACAGGAAGACUCAAUAUGAGAACCCGGUGGUGGAGGCGCGGCGUCGAAAAAUCCUUGAGCAGCAGCAACAGCCGCAGCCUCCAGAAGGUGAGCGGUAUAUUCGAGAGUGGAUAGAGGAGCACUCCUCUGCAGCAGCUCCACUGGCAAACUACGCACCAAACCAUCUGGAGACCUACAGGGACCCACAGGUCCCACCAGCUCUACCUCCUGUCCCUACAGGAGUCAAACGGGGGAAACCUUUCUUUACAAGAAACCCAGCAGAGCUGAAAGGAACCUUUAUCAACACAAAGCUGAAGAAAAGCUGCCGCGGCUUCGGUUUUACUGUGGUUGGAGGAGACGAGCCAGAUGAGUUUCUACAGAUCAAAAGUCUAGUGCUGGAUGGGCCUGCAGCUUUGGAUGGCAAGAUGGAGACAGGUGAUGUCAUAGUCAGUGUGAAUGACACCAUUGUGCUGGGCUACACCCAUGCUCAGGUUGUAAAGAUCUUCCAAUCCAUCCCAAUCGGCUCCAUGGUCGAUCUGUCUUUAUGUCGUGGGUACCCGCUGCCCUUUGACCCUGAUGACCCCAACACUAGCCUGGUGACCUCGGUCGCAAUUUUGGACAAAGAGCCUAUCAUCGUCAAUGGACAGGAAACGUUUGACCCACCUUCCAACCAGGCCGGACCCAUUAACGGCUUGCGUGAGCCACGGCCGCACAGCCCGUCAGCCGAGGUGGCGUCUAACGGCUCACACGGCUACACCAGCGAUGUGGUCACCUUGGCCUCGUCCAUAGCCACCCAGCCCGAGCUCAUCACUAUCCACAUGGAGAAGGGAGACAAAGGUUUUGGCUUCACCAUUGCUGACAGCCUGACAGGGGGGGGUCAGCGGGUCAAGCAAAUAGUGGACUAUCCGCGGUGCCGUGGCCUAAAGGAGGGAGAUAUUCUGAUGGAGGUCAACAAAAGAAAUGUCCAAAAUAUGAGUCACAACCAGGUGGUGGACCUGCUGAGCAAAUGUCCCAGAGGCAGCGAGGUCACUAUGUUGGUGCAGAGAGGAGUGGUGCCAGCCAAGAGGAGUCCAAAGCUGGUGCACCAGCUAGAAAGAAAAGAUAGCCAGAGCAGCUCCCAGCACAGUGUGUGCAGUCAUCGCAGCACCCACACUGAUUCUCCCAGCCACCCACCCUCUGUCAUGCCCAGUGAGGCGGUGGUUCCCACUCCUGCUGCCCCCACCCAGCCCCUGCCAGGUCUGCCCCCUCAGGAUCCCGCAGAUGGCACCCUCACCCUCCAGAAGAAGCCAGACCCCUUUAAGAUCUGGGCACAGUCCAGGAGCAUGUAUGAGAGUCGACUGCCAGAUUGCCAGGAGCAGGACAUUUUCCUUUGGCGGAAGGAUACAGGCUUUGGCUUUCGCAUAUUGGGAGGAAAUGAGCCUGGGGAGCCUAUCUACAUAGGGCAUAUAGUAAAGUACGGGGCAGCAGAUGAGGAUGGUCGCCUGCGGUCGGGCGAUGAGCUCAUCUGUGUGGACGGCACAGCAGUAGUGGGCAAGUCUCACCAGCUGGUGGUGCAGCUGAUGCAGCAGGCCGCCAAACAGGGUCAUGUCAACCUCACUGUCAGACGCAAGAGCCCUGGAUAUGGAGUUUCAAAAGGAGAAGGUGACGUCCCUCCAUCACCAGCAUCCUCCCACCACAGCAGCACCCAGGCACCGAGUCUAACAGAGGGCAAGCGGACCCCCCAGGGGAGCCAGAACUCACUCAACACUGUCAGUUCUGGAAGUGGAUCUACCAGCGGCAUCGGCAGUGGUGGCGGAGGAGGCAGCGGUAGCGCAGUAGUGCCGGCCUCCCUGCAACCGUACGAUGUGGAGAUCCAACGAGGAGAGAACGAAGGAUUCGGUUUUGUCAUCGUGUCAUCAGUUUCCAGGCCCGAUGCUGGAACCACCUUUGCUGGAAAUGCUUGUGUGGCCAUGCCCCACAAAAUAGGACGCAUCAUUGAGGGCAGCCCGGCGGACCGCUGCGGGAAGCUGAAAGUCGGGGACCGAAUACUGGCCGUUAACGGCUGCUCCAUCACCAACAAGUCGCACUCUGACAUCGUCAACCUGAUCAAGGAAGCCGGGAACACAGUCUCGCUCAGGAUCAUCCCCGGUGAUGAAUCUUCCAAUGCUUCUCUGCUGACAAACGCUGAGAAGAUCGCCACUAUCACCACCACACACACACCUCAGUCUGCAGACUCCCGGAAUAACCCAAAGUCAAAAGGAGCUCCACCUCCUCCUCCCACACAAUCUCUGACCACACAGGAUGCAGAGUUCUACUCUGUGGACCUCGAGCGAGACAGUAAAGGUUUUGGCUUUAGCUUGAGAGGCGGCCGGGAGUACAACAUGGACCUAUAUGUGUUAAGACUAGCAGAGGACGGGGCUGCUGUAAGAAAUGGCAAGAUGAGGGUAGGAGAUGAGAUUUUGGAGAUUAAUGGUGAGAGCACAAAGAACAUGAAGCACUCACGUGCCAUCGAACUGAUCAAGAAUGGUGGUCGGAGGGCACGGCUCGUCCUCAAACGGGGAGAUGGAUCUGUACCUGAAUACGACGGCAGCAAUGACGGGCACCCUUCCGCACCCGGGGCACAAAACACUCCGGAAGUGAGAACGCUGCCACCCAAAAGCCGAUAUCACACCUCAUUGGAGUCCAGUUAUCCACCAGACCUUCACAAACCAUCACGCCAGGAGGAGGCUGUGCGUGGCCGAGACAUGGACAGGAACAGGGACAGGGAUGGGUCAAAUCAGAUGGACUACCAAGGCUGGCAAUUUAAACCCCAUCAUCAUCACACCUGGAAUAACAAUCACAGUCAAAGUUUCCCCAGACAGCAGUCUCCUGACAACAGCAACAGCAGUAGCAAUGGCAACAAGAAGAGCCGGGGCCGCAAAGUCAAGAAGUCUGAGUCGGAGAGCGGCAUCUCUAAACUCCUAAAGACUCUGAGGAAGGACAACUCGGGGAAAAAAGCUGCAGCUGCCGAGAAACUGAGGGAGCGAGAGCUCUCAAAUAGCAGUUCUACUCUGGACGGGAGAUUUCGUCCGCAGCGCCGCGGCUCCCUCGACCGCUCACCGACCCGAAAGCGCGCCUCGUCCCCUGAUCACCGGCGGGCCAAAUCAAUGGACCGCAGGGCAGAGCGAGCACAUCGCGACCGUACACCUGAGAGGGAUUACGAUGAUGGAGGGUUCCUCGCAGUCACCCCCGAUCGGAAGUACAAUGAGCGGAGGCUCCUCAAGGACUCACAGAUGACUGGGCAAGUCAGGGAGUUUACCACCCCCGAGCGCACCAACAACAAAGGGGAUUCCUUUUCUCAAGCUAGGGGCCGCACAUACGACAGAGCCACAAAGAACGGCAACCUUCUGCGAGACUCUUCAUCGGAGAGGAGAGAGGAGAGACAUCGGACAAACGGGAAAAUGGAGAGACUGUACAGAGUUGAGCGGGACUCUUCCCCUGAUAGCACCUACAGCCGGGAUGAGCUGAACUAUGCAGCCGCACCAGGACUAAAAGACUACUACAGCAUGAUGAAGAACAACGCUGCACACAAUAACGCUGCCUUCAACAACACCGGCCACAACAAUAACGCAGUAGGCCGCAGCCCGAACCAGCUCCCCGAGCCCAAGAGAAGGCUGUACAAAGAAAGCCCGAAAGACCUCAGCAUCUAGAGCAGAGCAGAGAUCCCCCUCACCACUCUCUCUAUCUGUGCAAACUAUGUACCAUACACUGGAAUUGGACUUCUAAGGAUACUAACUCUCGUGCUUUAUUUGGUCGAAUGGUUUGAUUUGAUUAACUUUACUACUUGUGAUCCCAUCCAGAGAUUCAUAAAACAGCAGGAGUACAAUCCUAUCAGUUCACACUGUUUUUGUCAUUGUUUUGGUUAUUUUGAGCAUAACAAAGGUUGUUGUACUAUAGUAAAGGUAUUGUAUGUGCCUGCAUAUGAAAUCAGUGAUAUUGCUUUUUUGUAGGCAUUGCUGACUCUAAAUAUUUGUUCCCUCAGAGGUAUGAAACAUGCUUCCAAUUGUGGUAACUACUAAGCUUGUUUUCAACUUGUUUUUAGAUGUCUUUAUCCAUUCCUGAAUUGCUUAAAAAAAAAAAAAAAA